AUGACGAAAUUGGGUUGUAGCUGUAAUAACACGAAAAUGAUACCAUCAAAUACAAUUUGUGUAUCUCAAGAGGGUCCUGCAAAUGCUUUAGCAUUAAAUAAAGACUGUACGCAAGUUGUUAUAGCAGGAAGAAAUGUGUUCAAAGUAUUCUCGAUUGGCGAAAAUGAUUUCUCUGAAGUGUGUAAUCUGAGAGUGGGAAAAAACUUGAAUUUAAAUUUUUCUUCAAUUGAUGUGGCCUGGAGCACAAUCGAAGAGAACACUCUGGCUACGGCAGCAACAAAUGGAGCAGUAGUUGUGUGGAAUCUUGGAAGAUCAGGACGCUCCAAGCAAGAGCAUGUCUUUUCUGAUCAUAAACGAACUGUUAACAAGGUUAGUUUCCAUCUUACUGAGCCAGCACUCCUCAUUUCUGGAUCACAGGAUGGUAUGAUGAAAUGUUUUGAUUUACGGAUGAAGGAGGUAGCACGCACAUUUAUAAGCAACACGGAGUCGAUCCGCGACGUGCAGUUCAGCCCCCACCAGGCGCACGCGUUCGCCGCCGUGUCGGAGAACGGCACGGUGCAGGUGUGGGACUCGCGCCGCAGCGAGCGCUGCUUGCAGCAGUUCACCGCCCACUCGGGGCCCGUGUUCGCCUGCGACUGGCACCCGGACGUGCCCUGGCUGGCCACCGCCUCCAGGGACAAGACCAUCAAGGUGUGGGACAUGCACAGCAAGCCGAACCUGGAGCACACGAUUUACACGAUAGCCUCCGUCGGCCACGUCAAGUGGCGCCCGCAGAAGAAGCACCAGGUGGCGUCGUGCGCGCUGGUGCUGGACUGCGCGGUGCACGUGUGGGACGUGCGCCGGCCGCACGUGCCGCUGGCCACCUUCGCCGAGCACCGCGACGUCACCACCGCCAUCGCCUGGCUCUCGCCCGCCGGCUUCCUCUCCACCAGCCGGGACUGCAGCCUGUACCGGCACCGUUUCUCGGAGGCGGCGCACCCGGUGCUGUGGGCGAACCCGCAGGGCGUGUGCGUGUCGGCGCGCGGCGAGCUGGCGCACGCCGUGCCCGAGCGGCCCCUGCCCGCGCUGCAGCCGCCCGCCCACGCCCACUCCCACCCCCACACCCACGCGCCCCAGCAGGCCGACCGCCACGUACCCGGUCUGGGGCGCAAGCAGCCGACGGCGGGCUCGCUGUCGGCGGCGGCGCAGGCGGCGCUGGAGCGCGCGUUCCCCGGCGGUGCGGCGUCGGCGCUGGCGCGCCACGCGCCCGCCCCCUCCCGCUCCCCCGCCGCCCCCGCGCUGCUGCUGUGCGCGCGCCGCUACCGGCUGCGCGGCCAGCCGCCGCACCUGCUGGCCGCGCACAACGCACAGGUGGCCAGGGACGCGCGCCGCCACUGCGUGGCGCAAGUGUGGGAGGUGGUGAGGGCGGAGUGCGGGGCGCGCGCCGCCGCCCGCCGCCCCGCGCCCCCUCCGCCGAGGGCGCCCCCUCCCCGCGCCGCCCCACCGCCGCCUACACCCUUACACAGCAGUGCCGUGGAGGAGGAGCCCAUGGGGGAGGUGGAGGAGGAGUGGGCGGAGAACCAGUUCCACAACAGCGGGGUGCUGGGCCUGCCCACGCAGAGCAUUUACAUACCGCCCGCCAAGCUCGCGAAGCAGAUGCGCGACGAUGAGGCCGGCUGCGGCUGGGUGUCGGCCGCGUCGGCGCACUACGUGGACGUGGAGGCGGUGGACUGGUCGCUGCCCGAGGAGGCGUUCCCGCUGCGCAGCGCGCCGCCCGCCCAGCACGCCGCCCACGCCCACGCCGCCCACGCCCCGCACGCCGCCCACGCCCACGCCCACGCGGACGACGCGGACCACGACGGUGCGACAGGAGCGGGCGGUGGCAGCUCGUCACCUGGCGGCUCCAGUUCCGGGGGCUCCGCCGCCUCUGGCGCCGCCCACGACCACGCCCACAGGACUUACCACCAUCAGCACUCUCUCGUUACGGCGGAGGAGUGCGAGGUGGGCCCGCUGUCGGUGCGCGUGGGCGAGGCGCGCAGCCCACAGCUGGACGUGGCGCCGCUGCUGGCCUCCGCCCUCAAGCUGCACGCGGACCUGGGCGACGUGCAGACGGCGGCCGUGGUCUGCAUCGUGCUGCAGGAGCACAGGAACGAGCUGUUCGCGUACAUCGACGAGGGCCUGCAGGAGCAGUGGCUGCUCGGCUACAUCGAGCUGCUGCAGCGGCACAAGCUGUGGAACGUGGCGACGGAGGUGGUGCGGUGCGCGUGGCUGAGCAGCGUGUGGGCGCUGUCGCAGCAGUCGAGCAGCGUGGCGGCGUGCUGCGGCCGGUGCGGGCGGCGGGCGAGGGGCCUUGCGGGCUGCGAGCGGUGCGCGCCGCGGCUGGCGGCCGACCAGUGCGCCGUGUGCCGGCGGCCGGUGCGCGGCCUCUUCGCCUGGUGCCAGGGCUGCUCGCACGGCGGCCACCUGGCGCACAUGCGCGCCUGGAUGCAGCGCCACCGCCUCUGCCCGGCCGGCUGCGGACACCACUGCCAGACGCCC